AUAACAUUCGAGUGGGGCACAUGCCCCACUUGAAUGUUACUUUAUACCUUUAAGGCACUUGCUCGAGAAAAACGAUACGUUCAUUAACUAAAUCAGCACGUCUUUAACAAAAUCCCGUGUUCUGUCAAAAAGCCUUAAUUGAGUAAGUGAACUCAUUUGUCUGCUCAGUCUUUACUUGAGACCCAACACAUCCUUGUGCACCUGUUGCCUUAAAAACACUCCAGGACGUAGUACGGGGAAGUCAUGGCGAACGAUAUCUUCUUUUUGAGCCUAGCUCUUUUUGUGUCUCUGUCAAUUGUGAACUGUGAAGUCAAAGAAAGUCUAUUUAGCACUUUUUCCGAAAAAUCCUUUCGAAAUGACAAGUCUUGCAUAGAUCAAGUCCAUGACAAACUUUCCGAAUUUCUGCUGACCAUUGAAGGCCCCGAAAAAGCGAAUCGUACCUCGAUUCAUGGUAUUGGAAAAGAUGCACAAGAAAUAAUCAAUAAAAUAGUAAAUGGAACGAUGUAUAACUGCAAUGGAAUUUCGCUUGAAAUUGCACCGUUCGUCGUUACACACUUGCACAAAGAUGGACGAAAUUUUUAUGUUGAACAGCUGACAAUUCAAAAAAUUUUAAUAAAGCCCAUCUUAAUUUUAAAUCAAACUGACGUCAGGGAAAUUCCAAUUCUUGAGGCUAGAAUCAACGAAACGAUGCAAGACAUACGGAGAAUCGAAAAAGCCAAUGAAAAGCAAUCGAAAGAGUUGGAUGAACUUGAAAUUGAAAUAAUAAAGCUGGAAAAAGAGUUACGAAACGUGACCGCAGAGCGUGAUGUUCAAGCAGCUGAGGGACUAGUACAUCACAAUGCUUUCCAUGAAGUCAACAACGUGUUGCUGAUUGAGAAGAAAAAAUACAACGAAUUAAAGGGUACAGUUGAUUACAUUGUUCAGAACGCUUGUAGAUGUCGGACUUGUAGAAUUAACCAAAAUUCGGAUUGGACCAUUUUUUUGGCUUCCAGAUUUACUUAAAAUGUUGCACAUUAACCGAUGUGCACACAAAGUUUGUGUUUUUGUUUUUUAUACCGUUGUGUGCUGCAUUGAUCUAUUGUUAUGCGCUUUUUACACGAGGCGACGACCUCUCAUAUGUAAAUGAACGGCCUUUGUUGUAUUCUGUCGGUGCAAGAAAAAGAUGUGGGCCUCUGAUCAAAUGUCUUGUAUGUUUCAAUCUUAUACACAUAAUGUUUUAAGCCGUAAA